AUGUAUGUAUGUAUGUAUGUAUGUAUGUAUGUAUGUAUGUAUGUAUGUAUGUAUGUAUGUAUGUAUGUAUGUAUGUAUGUAUGUAUGUAUGUAUGUAUGUAUGUAUGUAUGUAUGUAUGUAUGUAUGUAUGUAUGUAUGUAUGUAUGUAUGUAUGUAUGUAUGUAUGUAUGUAUGUAUGUAUGUAUGUAUGUAUGUAUGUAUGUAUGUAUGUAUGUAUGUAUGUAUGUAUGUAUGUAUGUAUGUAUGUAUGUAUGUAUGUAUGUAUGUAUGUAUGUAUGUAUGUAUGUAUGUAUAUGUAUGUAUAUGUAUGUGUGUGUGUGUUAGUUUUAUAA